AUGACCGAGUCAGAUACAUGGUUACCAAUUGAUAUUCAACAAAAAUUACAAGAACUUGAAUUAGAGUUAGCUGAAGGUGACAUAACACAGAAAGGUUUUGAAAAAAAGCGAGCAAAACUAUUAGAACCGUAUAGAAAACAACAACAGCAAACAGAUGAUAGUCGAUCAAAUGAAAAUUCAGCUAUUGUGACAUCGAAUCAUAAACAUCCUAAAUCAAGAAUUCAAUGUCGAAGACAAAAACAUGACGGAUACAAUCGAUAUCAUUCAGAUGUUCGUCAAGAAGCCGUUAAACAAGCACUUGAACAGUAUGGUAAUAAACCAAUAACAUCAUCAAAACGAAUAUCAAAUACUCAACAAAUAUCAGCAGAUUUAUCUAGUGAUGAUGAAAGUUUAACAUACACAACAGAUGAUCAUCAGUCACCAGUACAACAACCAAAGACAAUUGAACAACAACAACAAUUACCAGAAUUAGAAACACUUAUUAAAAAUAUCCCAGCACCAUCUUUACCGCUACCAGUAACAUCAUCAUUUUUAUCUGAUUUUAUUCAUCGGGGUCAAGAAGCUUCUCUUUCAUCUGUACAACCAGAUUUGACACGCAGUGCGGGUGCUCGCUAUCGUGAUCCAAACUCAGACUACAUUAACAAUAAUUAUCAACACUAUGUCAUGUACGAAGAACGAUCACCAGCAGUUAUACAACAAAUAAAUCAAAAUACAAAUAUAGGUGAACGGAAACCGAGUACACGAGUAUCAUCGAAAAUAUUGGCAUUGGUUAAUACAUUGAAACGUCCUAAGAGAAAGGAACUACAUGAAUUUUUUGAAGACAAUGAAGAAGAACUUGCAAUGCCUCCAAUUGAUCCGCUAUCACCAAAACCCGAAGGUGGAAUCAGUGUGCCAUCGUGCGGUGAACAACUUGUUGUAUCUUCUCAAUGGUCGAAAAAUUUUAUUCAAGCGAUUAAUCAACAUGGAACUAAUCAAGGAAGAAAUAAUUUUCUUGUAGUACUUGAUGAACAAGGGAAAGCGGCAAAUACUCUAACAUUUAUGAAACUAAUGACGCGUUCUCAGAAAAUUGCCUAUAAUCUUUUAAAUAAAGUUCAUUGUCAAGGAUCAGGAAGUAAUUCGCGUGAAAAUUUACUGAAAUCGGGCGAUAGAGUUGCUCUUGUAUAUCCGAAUAGUGAUCCAAUUAGUUUUAUUUGUGCAUUUUACGGGUGUAUUAUGGCUGGAAUUGUCCCGUUACCGGUUGAUGUACCGUUAGCUAGGAGGGAUUGGUUAUCUCAACGUAUUGGCAUUUUAUUGGGUCAAUUAGGUGUUAAAGUAGCUUUAACUUCUGAUUCAUGUUAUCGACAAUUGCCCAAAACAAAUUUAAACCCAGCGUCGACUACUCAUUCAUCUACUCCAACAACGACUUCAGUACAUCAUAGUCAUCACGGUGAUAUUCUCUCAUUCAAAGGAUGGCCAUCAAUUGUCUGGUUUGUUACUGAACAUUUACAUAAACCACCGAGAGAUUGGACAUUACCAUUAUUAGUCCAAGACUCGAAUAAUCGAAAUAAUCCUGCCUAUAUUGAAUACUCAUCUUUAAAGGAUGGAGGGGUUGUUGGUGUUACAAUCACACAUGAGCAACUAUUAGUACAUAGUCAAACACUUAUUAAUGCUUGUAAAUAUACAUCAUCUGACAUCUGUUUAUGUUGUGUUGAUUUUAAACGUGAAGUUGGUCUAUGGCAUGGUGUUCAUGCUAGUGUAUUAUGUGGUAUGCAGGUAUUAUUUGUUCCUUGUUCAUUAUUAAAAGCAUCACCAUCUAGUUGGUUAUUAGCCGCUAGUAAACAUCGAGUGACCGUCGGUAUAGUUAAAUCACGUGAUAUGCAUUGGGCUGUAUUAUCAUCUCGUGAAUCUAAUAGUUCAUCAUCAAAAGAUACUCCACCAAUUAAUUUAUCAUCCUUACGAAUCCUUUUAAUUGGUGAUGGCUCUAAUCCUUGGUCAAUAACUUCAGUUGAUACAUUCUUAUCAACAUUUCAUUCAAAAGGUUUAAGACAAGAUGCACUAUGUCCAUGUUCAUAUUCGAGUGAGACUUUAACUUUAUCCAUUCGGCGAUAUGAUAGACAGUCAACAUCACAUCAAUGUGGAAGAGGAAUAUUAUCAAUGCAAGCAUUAUCAUACGGAGUGGUGAGAGUUGAUCAAGAUAAUUCAUUAACGUCAUUAACAAUACAAGAUGUUGGACAUGUGCUACCUGGAUCUAUAAUUGGUAUAGUUAAAAUUGAUGGUCCAACAUCGUUAUGUCAAACAGAUGAGAUAGGUGAAAUUGUGAUAUCAUCCAAAGCCACACCCUCUUCCUACUGGUCACUGCCCGGAUUAUCUCAAAACGUAUUCAAAGUUUGUCCACUCGGCUCAGAUGAACGACCGAUUGGAACGCAAGAAUUUGUUAGAUCUGGUCUAUUAGGUUUUCUUGGUCCAGGUGGACUAUUAUUUGUAACAGGUAGUCGAGAUGGUUUGAUGCAAGUUGGUGGCCGUAAACAUAAUAGUGAUGAUAUAAUAGCAACAGCUUUAGCAGUGGAACCCAUUAAAGUUGUUUAUAGAGCAAGAAUUGUGGCGUUUUCAAUAAGAGUCUUAAAAGAUGAAAGAAUUAUUAUUGUAGCUGAACAAAGACCGGAUAUAGCAGAAGAUGAGUGUUUUCAAUGGAUGAGUCGCGUAUUACAAGCUGUUGAUACUAUUCAUCAAGUUGGCAUUUAUUGCCUAGCAUUCGUAACCGCAAAUACAUUACCAAAAAAUCAUUCCGGUACAAUUCAUGUUCAUGAAACACGUCGACGUUUACUUGACGGAAAUUUACAUCCUUGCUCUGUAUUAAUGUGUCCACAUUCUUGUAUUUUAAAUUUGCCAAAACCACGUGAACAUCAUCCAGAACGUGAAGUUGGUCCUGGAGCUAUAUUGGCUGGGACAAUAAUUCAAGGAAUGAGAUUAGCUGAAGCCAAAGGUGCCGAUUUACACGACGAUGAAAUGGAUGCAGCGCGAAAACUUCAGUUUGUUGAUGAUAUUUUAAAAUGGCGUGCAACAACCACUCCCGAUCAUUUACUUUAUUCGGUUAUCAAUGCUAAGGGUCAAGAAUCAGCUAAAAUCUCGUGUUUAGCUCUUCAUAAACGCAGUGAACGUAUUGCUUUGGCCAUGUUAGAUCGUCUCGAUUUAAAACCAAAUGAUCAUAUUGCACUUCUUUAUCCACCAUGUGUUGAACUCGUAUCUGCAUUUUAUGCAUGUUUAUAUAUUGGUGUAAUUCCUGUGGCCAUCCGUCCUCCUCAUUCUCAGAAUUUAUCAAAUACUCUACCAACUGUUAAAAUGAUUGUUGAACUUAGUCAUUCAAAAAUGAUUCUGACAAAUGGUACAAUAGCGAAAUUGUUACGAUGCAAAGAAGCAUCCACUCUGAUUGAUCCAAAACUAUGGCCAUUAAUUAUUGAUACAGACGAAUUGCCUAAAAAUAAAAAAGUGUUGAAUGUUGAAAAUAGACGAAAAACAGAUCAAUUGUGUUAUCUUGAUUUUAGUAUAUCAACAACAGGAACAUUAACAGGCGUCAAAAUAACUUAUAAUGCUGUAGCAAAUGUAUGUCGUUCCAUUAAAUUAUCGUGUGAAUUAUAUCCGUCGAGAGAACUUGUAUUAUGUCUUGAUCCUUAUAAUGGAUUAGGUCUUGUACUUUGUAUUUAUGCUGGUCAUCAUUCAAUUUUGAUUGAUCCAACUGAAAUUGAAUUGAAUCCAUCUGUUUGGAUGUCAAUUAUUAAUCAAUAUAAAAUUCGUGAUACAUUUUGUUCUUAUUCUGUUAUGGAAUUAUGUACCAAAGGAUUAAGUUCUUCAAUUGUUGAUCUUAAAAAUCGCGGUUUGAAUUUAUCGUGUGUUCGAACGUGUGCUGUAGUUGCCGAAGAACGUCCUCGUCUUCAUUUAUUAAAUUCAUUUUCAAAAUUAUUUCAAACAUUAGGAUUAAAUCCUCGUUCAGUGAGUACAACAUUUGGAUGUCGAGUCAACGUUGCCAUAUGUCUUCGAGGUGCAUCUGAUCCUGAUCCUUCACCUGUUUAUGUUGAUCAACGUGCAUUGAGAAAUGAUAGAGUAACAUUAGUAGAAAAAGGAAGUCCACAUAGUUUAUGUUUAUUAGAAUCGGGAAAACUCUUACCGGGUGUUAAGGUUGUCAUUGCAAAUCCAGAAAGUAAAGGACAGUGUGCUGAUGCUCAUUUGGGAGAGUUAUGGGUUCAAUGUUCUCAUAAUUCAUCUGGUUGUUAUACAAUUUAUGGUGAUGAAAAUGGUUUAGGUGGGGAUCAAAGUCAAUAUUAUGCACGUUUAGCUACGGGUGAUACAAGACAAGUUUAUGCUAGAACAGGCUAUUUAGGAUUUGUUAGACGUACAGAUUCAAUAGCAGCAGAUGGAAAAAAUCAUGAUGCUGUCUAUAUUGUUGGUGCAUUAGAUGAAACUUUACUUAUUCGAGGCAUGAGAUAUCAUCCUAUUGAUAUUGAAAAUACAGUCAUGAGAACACACAAGAAAAUAUGUGAAUGUGCUUGUUUUACAUGGACAAAUUUAUUAGUUGUUGUUGUCGAAUAUGACGGUUUAGAAUCACAAUCAUUAGAUUUAGUACCUUUGAUAACAAGUUCGAUUUUGGAAGAACAUUAUAUUAUUGUUGGCGUUCUGGUUAUUGUUGAUCCAGGCAUUGUGCCUGUAAAUUCACGUGGCGAAAAACAACGAAUGCAUUUAAGAGAUGGUUUUAUAUCCGAUUUACUUGAUCCGAUUUACGUUGCUUAUAAUAUGUAG